UAAGCAAAGCAAGAGAGGUGAAAGAAGAAGAAUGUGUAGGCAUAACAAAAAAAAAAGCCGCAAUGAGAUAAGCAACAAUCAUUGCUCAAUCUUCAGUCAGUGGUCGCUUUGUUUGAAAGUAUGCGGUGUUGGGUUAACAUAUUGGCUUUUUGUUGUUGGGUUCAAGGAAACAUGGCCCAAAACUUUAACCAGCCAUCUGUAACUCAAGUUACCGAACCGGUAAAUAUGGGAGAAUCUCCUGUAUGGGACAGACGAGUGGGAAAACUGUUUUUCGUUGAUAUUCACGAUGGCAGAAUUAUGGCUUACGAUUAUGACAAGCAAACUAUGGAUGUUGCUGCUGAAUUCUCUGGAAAUGAUCUUACUCCUAUAAUUCUCACCAAAAACAAUCCGAACGUGAUGAUUGCCGGAUUGAACAGAAACCUAGCAAAAAUAGCCCUUUACAAUAAAUCGGCGGAAGCGCACAUUUUACACACAGUACAAAACGAAAAGCCAAAAAAUCGUUUCAACGAUGGAAAAGCUGACAGCAGAGGUAGGGUAUGGAUUGGUACAAUGGGUCAUGAACCCUCAAACGGAUCACUAGAACUUAACGCCGGGGCCCUCUUCAAGUUCUCCAAAGACAACGUUAAAACUCCCACUGUUGUGAUACCGAAAAUAAGCAUAAGCAAUGGUUUGACUUGGAGUUUGGACGGUACCUUAUUUUAUUACAUCGAUACUCCCAGCGAAGAAGUGGUACAAUACGAUUAUUAUGCGGAAAAUGGUAGCAUAGCUAACAAGAAGGUGGUGUUUAGUACUAAAGAGAAAAAAAUGGGGUAUCCAGAUGGAAUGACCAUUGAUGAAAACGGUAACUUAUGGAUAGCUCUGUAUAAUGGUGGAUCUGUUAUCGAAAUUAACCCUUCAAAAGGGACUUUGCUGAGGCGCAUUCCGAUUCCAGCUCAAUAUACCACUUCCGUAGCUUGGGGCGGGCCUAAUUUGGACGUGCUGUUUGUCACAACUGCAAAGAGAUCGUUGACGCUGAAGGAAAGAGAAGGGCAACCCGGAGCUGGAAGUUUGUACGCUGUCACGAAUUUAGGCGUUAGAGGUUUGCCAGAAUUCGAAGCGGAUUUAUAGAAGAAUUCUAAAUCUAUUGUUUUUUUUUUUUAAUAAAUAAGUAAUAUUGAAUAAAAUUAGCCAAAUUUGAUCAAAGUAUAUUAAAAUAGUCUUGCUCCAG